AUGGCUGCACCCAAAGUCACGAAAACGCGGAUUCUGAUGAUUUCCGACACCCAUUCGACGGAUUACAAUCCCGAAGAAGCCAAACGCCCUUUCCGCAAGCCGCUCCCCAAAGCAGAUGUCUUACUCCAUUGCGGCGAUUUGACAAUGAUAGGGCACCUCGAAGAGUACAAGAAGGCGAUCGAGAUGAUGAGAAACAUCGAUGCGGAGCUCAAGUUGGUAAUUGCUGGCAACCACGAUAUCUCGUUAGACAGCGAUUACUUCGAGAGGGAAGGGAUGCGCAUGCAUAGGCAGAAGUGGGAUCGUAGUUGCUCGAAGAAGGCGCUGGAGAUGUGGAAGGGGGAUCAUGCUAACAGUGCAGGCAUCACGUACUUGGAGGAAGGAACCUAUGAGUUCAAGCUUUCGAACGGCGCAAAGUUCUCGAUCUACGCUUCGCCUUACCAGCCGGAGUUCUGCAACUGGGCUUUCCCCUACGAGCGCCACGAGGACCGGUAUAACCCGUCAAACUCGUCAAACAGCGUCGCAUGGGAAGCCCGAGCAGUCGCCCGGAAUCCGAUCCCCGACUUCCCCAACGUGGACAUCGUUGUGACGCACGGCCCGCCCUUUGGACGCCUUGAUGCGACCAUCUCGGGCGAGCAUGUUGGCUGCUCACAUCUGCUCAGCGCCAUGCGUCGCGCGAAACCACGGCUGCACUGCUUUGGUCAUAUCCAUGAGGGCUGGGGCGCAGAGAGGGUUGACUGGAGUAAAAGGUCGUCAGCGCAAAGCUUGGUCAGCGGAAGCACUGAUGUUAAGGUUGCGAACCGCUUCCCAGUCGAUGAGGACAAGAUGAUCGCAGACAGGUGCGCGUAUGUCGAUGUUAGUAGUGAUGGGGCUGAACCGCUUCGCCGUGGCGAGGAGACGCUCAUGGUGAACGCGAGCAUCAUGGACGCUGAUUACAGACCGGUGAAUGGGCCAUGGCUGGUAGAUCUAGACUUGCCGGCUGUGUAG